GAGAGUGGGUUUAGGAGCAGUGGGAGUGGUCAUGUGAACAGAGCAGAGGAGGGCGGCGCUCAUCUCUUCAUAUUCCCAAAUGUCAAUGAAACAGCACAGUGGAGCUGAAUCCUGAGGUGCGUGGGAUGGAGUAAUUUAAGGGAUGAUGUCUGCAGAGAUCCCAGAGAACAGAGACAUAUAUAGAUAAGCAUGGGAAGAUAACAAGAAACUUAAAAAAAAUCCGCGUUUCCAAAAGUGUGCGAUCCAAUUCAUUUUUUUAAACUGUUAGGAGCAGGAAGGUGCGUGAUGUUUACAGUCGGGUUUUCUAAGAACCAUUUGCUGUCAAUCACAGGAAGACUGACCUAAUGUAAAGUUAGAGCCGCUCCAGGAUGUUACUGCGGAUUUUAUUCCUCUUUUUCCCGCUGUGCGCAUCAUCUCUUCUUCCAGCUGAAACGCCCAAAGAGAAAGAUCCAGCUGCGGAGCGCCGCUGCUCCGGCAGAGCCUGCAACCCCCGCAUGGGCAACUUGGCCCAGGGCAGGGUGCUGAGCACCGGCUCGGUGUGCGGCUCCAACUCCUCGGAGCCUUUCUGCUUCUACAAACAGAGCUCUGCGCCCCGCGGCAGGGAGUCCUGCCCCGCCGCGAGGUGCGGCCGGUGCGCCGCGGCCACCCCCGGCCAGGCGCACCCUCCCUCCGCCAUGAGCGACUCCUCCUUCCGCUUCCCCGACACCUGGUGGCAGUCCGCGGGGGGCUCGAGCCAGGAGACGCUCCAGCUGGACCUGGAGACGGAGUUCCUCUUCACGCACCUCAUCCUGGUGUUCCGCUCGCCGCGGCCCGCCGCCAUGCUGCUGGAGCGCUCCCAGGACCGCGGGCGCACAUGGAAGACGCUCCGGCUCUUCUCCAGGGACUGCCAGCGGCACUUCGGCGUGGCGGAGGGUUCCGAACCGGAGGGAGGCGGACCCGCAUGCACCUCCAAGUAUUCCGCUGCUUUCCCGUGCACCAGAGGAGAGGUGAUCUACCGAGCCUUGUCUCCCUGGCGCUCCGUGGAUCCGUACGGCCCGGCCGCUCAGGACCAGCUCACGAUCACCAACCUGAGAGUGCGUCUGCUGCAGAACCAGCCGUGUCCCUGCCAGGCCAAGCUCCCCCGAGCCGCCCAGCUCCCCACGGACUACUACGCAGUCUACGACUUCAUUGUGAAAGGCAGCUGCCUUUGCAACGGCCACGCCGACCAGUGCGUGCCGGCCCGGGGCUACCGGCCCAGCCAGCAGAAGGCCAGCAACAUGGUCCACGGCAAGUGUGUUUGCAGACACAACACGGCCGGCGACCACUGCGAGCGCUGUGCGCCUCUUCACAACGACCAGCCCUGGCAGGCGGCCAACGGCAUCACGGGGACGCCGCACGAGUGCCAGAGGUGCAAAUGUAACGGCCACGCCGAGAGCUGCCACUUCAGCCGAGACCUGUGGCUGGCGUCGAGACGGCGCAGCGGCGGCGUGUGUGACGGCUGCCGCCACAACACGGAGGGCCGCCACUGCCAGAGCUGCAAGAGGGGCUUCUACAGAGACCCGGGCCGGCCCAGGACGGCGCACGAUUCCUGCAAACCCUGUUCCUGCCACCCCGUCGGCUCGGCGCUCUCGGGCGCCGGCCCUCUCUGUGACCCCGGCAGCGGGGAGUGCACUUGUAAACCCGGCGUCGGAGGCCCCCGCUGCGACAGCUGCUUGCCGGGAUACUGGGGGCUCCGCGAGUACGGCUGCCGUCCAUGUGACUGCACGGGGGACUGUGACCCCUACACCGGCGACUGCAUUUCUGGCUCGGAUGUGGAGGUCUUCUAUACAGCCGCCGGCCACACGGGACACAGCAGCAAUAAGAGUGAGACUGCUCUCUUUAGGGUAGAGGAGCUUUUCUCUGCACUGCACCACUCUGAGAAGUGUCAAUGUGUGGAAGUGACUCUUACCAGCCCGAAACUCUUCUGUGCUGCAGAGUAUGACUACGUGAUGAUGGUGAAGGUUAUGUCGGCUCAUGAUAGAGGCUCACACGCUGAGGUGGAGGUCAAGGUCAAAAAGGUCUUGCACCAAAAACCCCAGCUGAAGAUCCAGAGAGGAAGCGUCGCUCUGUACCCGGAGUCCUGGACCACCCAGGGCUGCACCUGUCCCAUCCUCAACCCAGGGUCUGAGUAUGUGGUGGCCGGACAUGAAGACAGGAAAACUGGACGAUUUAUGGUGAACACCAAAAGCUUUGUUAAACCGUGGAAGACGAGCCUGGGACGAAAACUCCUGCAUAUCCUCAGAAAAGACUGCAGCCUCUGGUAGGAAACGUGACAGAGCUGCGACGGCCAGCAGGAUGCGGACGAGCUGGAUCCCCGGUGGCAGAGCGGAGGAGGUUCCCACUGACUGGCAACGUGGGUAAAACAGUUGGAAAACACAGACUUUUGACGUCGCUCAGACUUGAGGGUGAAAGCGAAAAGCGAUGCCUUCUGCUUUUUUUCUUCUGUUCCCAAAUGGAAGCCUUUGGACUGGAACUCCCAGGGCUGUGAUUGUAGUUGACCUGUGGUUGAAUUAAGCUCUCGGGAAGGGCAGACAGGCUGUCAGACUACAGUCAGACAAGAUCAAAGAGGCAAAAAAGAAAGAAAAACACAAGCCAUAAAGAUUUUGAUCCAGACAAAGCUGGGCUUGGAAUUUGAAUCCUGUGUUAUGUCUCCGCUUGUAAGUAUUUUCAGAUUAUUUAUAAAGAAGUGAGGAGCACAUGUUAGAUACACGUUUAGCCGUUCUGCCUCCUGGAUGGAGGAGCCAUCGGAGUCAACGAGCCGAAACACUGCAAACUGUCAAAACUUUGUGACGCGAGCCGAGCCGUCCCCGUCGUCUGGCAGAUAUUGGUGAUACAUCAUGAAUGAGGAGGAUGACAGAAUGCCUGGUGUGUGUGUGUGCGUGUGUGUGUGUGUGUGUGUGCUUGACGUCCUUGAAGGAGUCUGUGCAGGUCAGAACAAGUAACUCCAGCAAGAAGAGAGAGGACGA